AUGUCAACCUCAGAAAAACGUACGGAGCAGCGGGCAGUAAUAAAAUUCUGUGCGAUGUCUGGAAUGACUCCGACUGAUUCCUGGAAGUUUUUGAAUCAGAAGGAGGGUGUUCAUAAUUGUUCUAGGACACCUGUGUUUGAAUGGCACACGCGUUUUAGGGAAGCUCAGACGGAAAUUACCGAUAGUGCACGAAGCGGAAGACCGGAUAACGAUCAGCGCUCAAUUCAAGAUGUGAAGGACGUCAUCGCCAAAGAUCGGAGAAAGUCGAUUGAUGAUAUCGCAGACACCGUCGGGCUUUGUCAUGGAACUGUUCAUAAGAUAGUGACGAAGGAUUUCAACAUGAAUAAGGUAUGCGCCCGCUGGGUACCUAGGUUACUUACAGAUGAAAGCAAAGCAACCCGUGUAGACGCUUCCCGAGAAUUUUUACGGCGAUAUGAUAGAGACGGCGAACAAUUCCUAAGGCGCAUUAUCACUACGGAUGAGACGUGGGUUAACUUUUAUGACCCGGACAGUAAACGAGAGUCGAUGGUGUGGAAGCGACCUUCAUCACCUCCCCCCAAGUUGGUGCGGAGGGAUCUAACGAACGCUAUCAGGAAAAAGCGAGCAGGGUGCAACAUCGAAAAUUUAAUUUUUCAUCAAGAUAAUGCUCCAGCACACCGCGCAGACAAGACACUCCUUAUUAUUGACUUCUUAGGAUAUGAGCGGCUACGUCAUCCCCCUUAUAGCCCCGAUCUCGCCCCCUUAGACUUUUGUGUUUUCCCUAGACUGAAAGCUGAUUUGAGGGGUCGGAGGUUUGAUACAGAAGAUGAGAUCAAAUAUGCUGUGAGGUCCGCAAUAAGAAGUUAUGCAGACAUUUACCGGAAGUGGGUACAGCGGCACAGGAAGUGUAUUGAACACAAUGGGGACUAUUUUGAAAAAGCAUGA